GGGCCACCAUCAUCAUCCUCACCGUGGCCAAGGGGUCUCUGGGCCACCAUCCCCCUCCUGGUGGCCACCAUCGUCCUCACCUGGGGCCUCCAUCGCUGCCCCCGUGGCCGGGGGCCUCUUCUCCUCCGUGGUGGCCACCAUGGCCCUCCCCAGGGCUCUCUGGGCCUCCAUCGCUGCCGCCCUGGCCAGUGGCCUCCUCUCCUCCGUGGUGGCCACCACCACCACCACCAAGACCAGUGGCUUCCUCUCCUCCAUUGCCACCAUGACCAAGGCUCUUCUCUCCUCCAUGGUGGCCACCACCACCACCAAGACCGGUAGCCUCCUCUCCUCCAUCAUGGCCAUGACCAGGGGCCUCCUCUCCUCCAUCAUGGCCAUGACCAGGGGCCUCCUCUCCUCCACCACCACGUCAACCAAGGCUCUUCUCUCCUCCAUCGCGGCCACAACCGCCAUGACAAGUGGCCUCUUCUCUUCCAUGGUGGCCACCAUGGCCAUGACCAAGGCUCUCCUCUCUUCCGUGAUGUCCACCAUUGCCAUGACCAAUGCUCUUCUCUCCUCCAUGGUGUCCACCACCACCGUUACUAACACUCUCCUCUCCUCCAUGGUGGCCACCAAGGUGACCAAGGCUCUUCUUUCCUCCAUGGUGGCCACCACCACCACGACCAAGUCUCUCCUCUCCUCCACGACGACCACCACCCCCCAUCACCUCGCGUUGGCCACCACCUUCUUCUUCCUCCUCCUCCCGUUGGCCUCCCCUUGCCCCUCCGUCUGCCGCUGCUCGGGCGGCCGCGUCUACUGCAACGACCGGGGGCUGACGGCCGUCCCCGAGGGGUUGCCCCCGGGGGCCACCACCCUCUUCCUCCAGAACAACCGCAUCGGGGACGCGGGGAUCCCGGCGGGCUUGGGCCGCCUCAACGCCCUCCGCGUCCUCUACCUCUACGCCAACUCCUUGGAGGAGCUCCCGGCCUUCCUCCCCCCUGCUCUCCGCGAGCUUCAUCUCCAGGACAACAACCUCCGGGGGCUUCGCCGGGGGGCUCUCGCCCGCGCCCCGCUUUUGGAACGGCUCCAUCUCGACGAUAACUCCGUUUCGGCCGCCGGCAUCGAAGAAGACGCCUUCGCCGACAGCGGCCGCCUUCGCCUCCUCUUCCUCUCCAGGAACCACCUCAGCAGCGUCCCCCCGGGGCUGCCCCCGGGGUUGGAAGAGCUUCGUUUGGACGACAACCGGAUCCACACCAUCCCCUUCCGCGCUUUCCAAGGGUUACCGGCCCUUCGGCGCCUGGUGUUGGACGGCAACCUCUUGGCCAACCAGCGCAUGGCCGACGACACCUUCAGCCCCUUGGGCAACCUCAGCGAGUUGUCGUUGGGUCGCAACGCGCUGGCGGCUCCUCCGGCCAAUUUACCCCGCGCUCGUUUGCGCCGUCUCUCCUUGGCGGCCAACGCCAUCAGCCACGUCCCCGCCGGGUCGUUAGCGCGGCUCCAAGCCCUGGAGAGGUUGGAUCUGUCGGACAACAACCUCACCUCCCUGCCCAGGGGGUUGUUCGAUGGUUUGGGGAAGUUGAGCCAUUUGGGGUUGAGGAACAACCCGUGGUUCUGCGGCUGUAACAUGGCCUGGCUGAGGGAUUGGCUCCAGCGAGGGGCUCCCCCGGGGCUGGAGGUGAGGGGGCUGCUUUGCCAGGCCCCCGCCCGCCUGCGGGGGCUGCCCGUGGGGGAGCUGAGGGGGGAAAUGGACGCCUGCGACGCCGGGGCCUCCUCAUCUUCAUCAUCUUCUUCCUCCUCCUCAGGCCUCGGGCCUAGUGUCAUGGCGGCCGGGCCCUCAGGCGGCGUCUCCAUGGCAACGGGAGCGGGAGGAGGGGGCGCGGCCGUCUCGAAGGGCUCAGGACCAAUGGGAGCGCGAGGCGGCGGAGGGGGCGUGUCCGUAGCGCCGGGUUCCGGACCAAUAGGAAGCGGCGCCUCCUCGCCGGGAGGGAGGGGCGUCUCCCUAGCGACGGGAGGUGUCAUGGCGGCACCCGGAAGCGGCGGCGUUGCCAUGGCAACGGGGCCGGGCCUAGCUCAGGCCUCCGAAGCCUCCCCGGGAGUAGAACAGGCCGCGGCGGGAAAAGGGGGGGGUUUGAGGCUUCAAGCGGGGCCGGGGGGGUCCCUGAGGGUCCGGUGGCCCCCGGCCCCCCCCGGGGCUUCCCUCCGGUUGAGCUGGUGGCGCCCCGGGGGGGGGGUGACGGAGACUUUGGUGGCGGGAGAGCGGGGGGAGUACGUGGUGGGGGCCCUGAGGCCCAUGGCGGCCUAUCGGGUCUGCCCAGGAGCUGAAGGAGCGGGGGAACCGUGCGCUGGCGGCGGGGGAGGUGGGGGCUGCGGUGGGGCCCAGGAGCUGAAGGAGCGGGGGAACCGUGCGCUGGCGGCGGGGGAGGUGGGGGCUGCGGGCUACACGCGGAAGGCGGCGGCGCUGGAGGCCCUUCGGGAUUUCUCCAAGGCCAUGGAGGUUUAUCAGCGGGCGCUGGAGCUGGAUCCCUCCUGCAAGGAGGCGGCGGAGGGCUACCAGCGGUGCCUGCGGGGGCAGAGCCAGAGGCAGGACACCCCCGAGGAGGUGAAGCGCCGGGCGAUGGCGGACCCCGAGGUGCAGCACAUCAUGAGCGACCCCGCCAUGCGCCUCAUCCUGGAGCAGAUGCAGAAGGACCCCCAGGCCCUCAGCGAGUCAGUUCCUACCCCAAAACGUCCUCAAAUAACCCCAAAAGGGAGCCUGUGGUGCCAAAACCCCACAAAACGGCCACAAAAUGGCCCCAUGUGGCCCCAAAAUAGACCCCAUGGCACCUAAAUGGGCCCAAAUGGCCCCAAAAUGGCCCCAUGUGGUCCCAAAAUGGAGCAAAUGGCACCAAAAUGGCCCCAAAAUGGAGCAAAUGGCCACAAAAUGUCCUCAAAUGGCCCCAAAACCCACCCAAAUGGCACCAAAAUGGCCACAAAUGGCCCCAAAACCCACCCAAAUGGCCCCAAAAUGGCCACAAAUGGCUCCAAAAGGGACCCACCUGGCACUAAAAUGGCCACAACGGCACCAAAACUCCGCCAUGUGGCCCCAAAUGGCCCCAAAAUGGGCACAAAUGGACCAGAUGGCCCCAGAAUGGCACCAAAAUGGCCACAAAUGGCCCCAAAAUGGAGCCCACAUGGCCCCAAAACGGCCCCAAACCGCCCCAAAAGGGACCCAGAUGGCUCCAAAAUGGCCCCAAAUGGUGCCAAAAUGGAUCAAAUGGCCACAGAACAGCCCCAAAAUGGCCACAAAUGGCCCCAUGUGGACCCAAAAUGGCCACAAAUGGUCUCAAAACCCACCCAAAUGGCCCCCAAAUGGAGCCCAUGGUGCCAAAACCCCACCACGUGGCCC